AUGUACUCAUUCCACGUUUCAUUGUUUCUUGCCAUUGCUACAUUUUCAAUCCUUCUUAAUUUCUUCUUCAUAUCUCAUUUUGCUUGUCAAAAAUCUUUCCAUUCUCUCUCUCUCACAACCUUUUCUUCUUCAUUCAAUUUAUCUCUUUUUUUUCCUGUUCUUCUCUCUGUAUUUCCUUACUUCUUCUCAUUUAUAGCUUUCUCCAACCUUUAUUCAUUUUUCUUCUUUCUUUUCCUUUUGAUUUACAAUCUGUUUGUGAAGCAUUUUUUUGUUUCUCAUUUAUUCAUCUGCAAAAAUGCAUGUCUGAUUAUUGCUUCUUCACCUGCCCUCCUACUUGCUUAUUCUUUCUUUCUUUCUUUCUUUCCCCCUCCCACACUCCCGGGGGGUCUCAAAGACCAGGCUGCAGGAAUCUGCACUUCCCUCACUCCCACCACAAUACUUUCCCCAUACAAUCACCCGAAAAAAUACAACUUGAAUAACACCAUCAUCCAACGUUUGUUCAGCCUUUAUUUACCAAAUUUCCCAUUCCUGCUUAUCUCCAUUGCAUCGUCCUGUUUACCAAACGCCGAAAUCAUUUACAUUUUCGACAGAAGAAAUUAA